AUGGUUUUUAAAUUAUCAAAUUGUUAUAUCCAAACCAAAAAUCACCUGAAUGGAAAUCGUAUUGAAAACAUCUUAUGGUUCGUUAAUAUAGUUCCUAAUCUCCUUGGAUUUUCCUUAGAACGAGAUGAAGUGUUUGUACCGUUUUGGAUUGGAACUGCGUUAAUUUUAAUUUACGUAUACGGAGUUGGAAGCAUAGUGUAUCAAGCGAAGUUCGCACGAGUGCCAAGCGACUUCGUGAAGAACUAUUUUAAUGUCUCGAUUCUGAUAUUUGUUUUGACUAACUGCUAUUGGUGGAUAAAGCAAAGACCGUUGCUGAAAACUGUUUUGAAACAAGUCACGAAAAAUGAUAAAUCAUCAAGAGAAACUGAUUGUCUAUUGAAAAAACACGAGAAUCUAUUGUCUGUGGUAAAAAAGAUUGUUUUAAUUUUCAAUGGAUGUAACAUGAUUAGCGCUAUUUUCAUCUAUCUGCCACAUCGCAUUGAUGUUUCUAAUAAUUAUUACUCAAUGACACCUUGUGUUGGUUUGGAGCCGUUAACAGCAUCUCCGAACCGAGAGAUCUGUCUAAUAAUCCUCACACUACCGGAGUGCUGCAUUAUAACAAUAAUGCUUACUUUUCAAUCUCUAAUCCUCUUCCUCAUAGCUCACACAUCGACUAUGUAUGAACUCCUAUCCGCCGAGAUGCUCCUACUCGACAAACAGAACUAUGACCAGUUCCAUUACAAUGAAGUGAAAGAAAAUCUACCGAAAUUGAUUAAUCGGCACAUCCUAACUUUAGAUAUUAUCAAGAAUCUUCAAGAUCUCUACGGCAUGCCCACGGGCGUGAAUUUCGGCACGAAUGCCGUCUGUAUCGCGUUAUUUUUCUACUUAUCCUUACAGGAAUGCAUUAAUUUUAGUCCCAUAUUUAUAAACUCUUUUCUUGUAUUCUUCUUGUAUUGCUAUUUGUGUCAGAAGUUGAUAGAUUCAUCGCAGAGUUUCGAAAGAUCGGUGUAUGCGUGUGGUUGGGAGAAGUUUGAUGUGAGAGAAAAGAGAAUGGUGUAUAUCAUCUUGUUGCAGGCACAGAAGCCUGUAAAAUUGUUAGCGGCUAAUAUAAUACCGGUGAAUAUAUAUACGUUUGCGACCACACUGCAAUUACUGUAUAAGUUUUUGACUGUUGUUAAGUUUUAG